AUGGAGAAGCUAUUCAGUUUCAUCCUUGUCACCACUAUUUUGGUAAUGGGCCAGGAAAGCUGGGCUCUUGAGGACUGUCUCGGGGAACAGGCACGGCUCAGAGCCCAGGUGCACCUGCUAGAGACCCGUGUCAAACUUCAACAGGCCAAGAUCGCUCACCUUUUGCAUGAGAAGGAAAUUCAGUUUCUAGAUAGAGGAGAAGAGAAUAGUGUCAUUGACCUUGGAGGGAAGAAGCAAUAUGCAGAUUGUUCAGAGAUCUUCAAUAAUGGGUAUAAAAGCAGUGGAUUUUACAAAAUCAAACCCCUCCAGAGUACAGAAGAAUUCUUUGUGUAUUGUGACAUGUCUGAUGGAGGAGGAUGGACUGUGAUUCAAAGACGAUCUGAUGGCAGCGAGAACUUUAACAGAGGCUGGGAUGACUAUGAAAAUGGCUUUGGAAAUUUUACCCAAAAAAAUGGUGAAUAUUGGCUUGGUAAUAAAAAUAUUCACUUGUUGACCACACAAGGUGAAUAUACUUUAAAAAUCGACUUAGGUGAUUUUGAUAAAAAUAGCCGUUAUGCACAAUAUAACUAUUUCAAAGUGGGAGAUAAAAAGAAUUCCUAUGAGUUGAAUAUUGGGGAAUAUUCUGGAACAGCUGGAGACUCCCUGGUAGGAAGCUUUAGCCCUGAAUUUCAGUGGUGGGCCAGUCACCAGCGAAUGAAAUUCAGCACAUGGGACAAAGAUAAUGACAACUAUGAAGGGAACUGUGCAGAAGAGGAUAAAUCCGGCUGGUGGUUCAACAGGUGUCACUCUGCAAACUUGAAUGGUUUAUAUUACACUGGUUCCUAUACUGCUGACUCAGACAAUGGGGUCAUCUGGUAUACCUGGCAUGGAUGGUGGUAUUCCUUGAAAUCUGUAGUUAUGAAAAUUAGGCCAAAUGAUUUUAUUCCAAAUGUUAUUUAA